UUACCCUACAAGUACACAGAAAAUGGUUGAGGUAUACUAUCACGAUAACAAGGAUACCCCAGAAGACUUCACCAAGGCACACAACUCUGGAGAACCAGUUUCCUUAGAAAAAUUAGCUGAAAUCGGUGUGUUUUACAGAAAUGUCAAGACCCUAGAUGAAUUGAACCAAAUCGCCAAGGACAGAGACUAUAAGAACCGUGAUGUGGUCAAUUUAGACUUGGAUGCGUUCAAUAACGAUUUGGAUGCUUAUAAUGCCAAGAUGGCCCAGUUUUACAAGGAGCAUUACCACGAAGACGAAGAAAUUAGAUACGUUACUGCUGGUGAAGGAUAUUUUGAUGUUAGAGACAAGCAAGACCGCUGGAUCAGAGCUAAGUUGUCUCCACAUGACUUGUUGAUCUUGCCUGCUGGUAUCUACCACAGAUUCACCUUAACUGAUGAAUUGAAACAAGUUACUGCUGUCAGAUUGUUCAAAGAUGAGCCUAAGUGGGAAGCAAUCAACAGAGAUACCGGGAAGGUGUCUAAUGCACGUAGUGAAUAUGUUCAAAGUAUUGCCUAGUUAUUAUUGUAUAUUGAAUAUAUCUAACUCUAUUGAUUACCCUUGACGAUCUUGACCUUGUUUGUAGUCAUCCAAGUCUCUAAUUUCUUUCUGCUGGUAGUUAACUCCAGUUCAGUCUUGGUCUUUUGAUCCUUUAAUGUGUUGAUUUCCUCACUUAAAAUCUUUAUCACUUCGUCAACUGACUUUUCCACCAAGACGCCACCAAUCAUUUUGAAACAUUUACGACCAGCUCUCUUUUCUGGAUCUAUGGAAGUUAAUGUGUUAUCGACAAUCAAAUGUUCUUGUAGUUGUGAAUUUAUGGUGGACAAUUGUGUUUCCAAUUCGGUAAUUAAUUCUUGAUACCUAUUGUAUUCUUGCUGUAAUGCUUGUGACUUUUGUUCAUCUACUGCGGUAGCUGACAUCGUGUAUAUUAUAUUGCUUUUGUAUUUGAAUUUGGUUGCCAAAGUAGGGU